UGCCGGACUUGACAUGGCGUAUUUAUGAGCGGAGACGCACCGCUGUUGCACAUAGAGCUGGUGUGAGGGUCAGUGCGACGGUAAGGCAGCGAGUCAGUGAACACUGGUCACCAUGCAGAGAGGUGUUGUAUUCGUCUUUGUCGCCUGCUGGGCUCUCUCAGCGCCGUCACUGGCCGACGAUGCAAAGGAAUUCAGACCUCCUGGAACUGUGUCCCCUGCAGAAGAGUUUAACCCAAAGGCCAGCAACAGCACACCUACGGCUACUACCCCGGUCCAUAACACCACGACUACAGCCCCCUCCACCACCCCGGCUUCUAACACCACCACCACCACUGCUUCUAACACCACCACCACCACCACCACCACCACGGCUUCUAACACCACCCCCACCACUGCUUCUAAUACCACCACCACCACCAUGGCAACUACCACCUCCACCACCUCAGCUACCACCACUACAUUGUCAACUACAACUCCAGCUCCUCCUGCACCAUCUCCCUCCAUCCCGUUAGGAACGUACAAUCUGACAAACCCGAAAGAUAAAAAAAUAAACUGCCUGAUGGCUCAGAUGGGGCUGCGGAUCCGGCUGGAAACAAAAGAGGCCAAUGGAACCUUCAUUGUUCAGCCAAACAAAACCAGUCCAUCUGGAUCUUGUGGGGAAACCAAUGCCAACCUUACCCUUUCCUUCCGUGAAGGCUUCAUUACUUUCCUCUUCAACAAGAGCGUUGCCAAUAACACUGCCUAUGUUGAUGCUGUCUCUUUCAACGUGUCAUUAAUCAACGGAGCUAAUACCGCAAGAACAGCCAAAAAUGAGUCGAUCCAUCUGUUUGCUGCAAAGAUUGGACACUCCUACUCCUGCAGGAAUGAAUCACUUUACAUGGGACAUGGACUGUACCUGGAUGUCAGCCAGGACAGGAUGCAGGCCUUCAAUGUGACCAACAACGACUUUGGUGUUCCUGACAACUGUCCUGCUGAUCAGCCCAGUUACCGUGUUGCCAUUGCAGUGGGAGUGACGCUGCUGGUACUCAUUUUGGUGGUGGUGGUGGCCUACCUGCUGGGCCGCAAGAAGAGGACCGAUGGCUACCAGUCUCUGUGAGGUGGAGGGGUUAUUAAGAGGUCACAAAGUGAAGGACAAAGUGGAAGUCACUCAGUCAGUGAGGCUGAGCUAUUUCUGGGGGGUUUAAAGUGAACUUCCACUGAAGCCUAAAAUACACCUUCUGUCCUUAUUUGCUUUAGUUUCCCUGAUUUACUGUUAUUAGGAGUGUUUUAUCCAGAAGUGUUGGUGUUUGGAGGCUGCAGUGGGCCACUUUCAAGUACUUCAGUGUAAUAAGUAUAUAAAAUGAUAAAUACAAAAAUGUAUUAUAAAUUGAUUAAUCAAACUGGCACUUAGCAGAUGUCCGCCACCUAAAAGUUAAUUCUAAAAUCCAACCAGAAGACCAGUAGACAGGGGUCUGAUUGGCCAGCUGUUAGGUGUUUGUGGAAAUCUGGCCAAUAAAGAACUCUAAGUAGACUGCCCUGUGGGUUGGACUUUUAGGAGACACACUGCCUAACAAUCUUUAAAUUAAAAAUCUAGGAAAUUCCAACUCUAAAUUGUGUCUUUUGGAUGCACAUCUUUAGAUUGAAUAAAAUCACAAAAACACAAAUUAAUUGCUUAAAAUUGGAAAAUACUAAAUGAAAACUAAUUGUUACAGCAAGAAACAAAAUAAUCAUUGAAUGUAAUAUACAGAAAAGCCACUAAAGGGAAUAACUUAUUUUUUUUAAAAAUUUCAUUCAAGACAUCUGGUUUAUUACCAUUAUUUAAAGAAGGAACUAAGAAAAAUGAUUAGUAACUGUUACAUUUGUGUUUGUUACAUUGAGUUACAUAAAGCACCAUUUAAAUGCAAAUAUAAAUAAGAGUUUUUACUAGGUUUUCAUUUAUUUCUUCAGUGGCAUACUCUAGACACAAUACAGAUGGAUUUUAAAAGACAAAUAUAAAGCAAUAUUUUUCUGUCAUGGUACAAGCACACAUUUUUAUGUGAAUUACACAAAAUUACAAAAGCUUGACUCCAGAGUUGUAAUUGUAUCAGAAUGAAACACCCUGAUGAGAGAAAGUGUUUCUUUAUUGGACACUAAAAUCUCUGCAAACUGACAUUGUCAUAGAAAAAAACUGACCAGAAAUGGUUUUUGUUCUUUAUUUGUUACAACGGACAGCCACACUUCGAUAAUUUAAAAUUCCUUUUUGAUAAUAUUGGCUUCUUUUAUCAAUCUACCUUCACAUUAUACUGAAGUGUGUCAUUGUGGAGUAAAAAUCAUAUAUAUUCAUAUAUAUGUUCUGCAUAAAUAGUGUACUCAUGUACUUAUAAAAUACAUGCUAAAGGUCAUUUAAACAUUUAUUAACUGUUUUAGGAAAGCUCAAUCAAUCAGAUCUUGUGUACUCUGGAUUUAAUUUUUUUAAAAGGGAAACUUGUCUAAUCAGUAACUGCACAGCUGAUUGUACUGAAUACUGUGUGGAAUUAUUAAUCAGCAAAAAGGGAAAAUUAGACUGAUAUCCUACAUUUAUUUGCACUGAUUGCUGUCUCAACUGGCUAUCUUUGUCUUUCUCAAAUUAUAUGUUACACGAUGCUGUGUUUUUAUACAAAUGCAGGGGUAGAGUGUCCAUGUAGGUCCGUAAUGUUUCUAGAUCAGAUUACUAAUGAGUUAUAUAUUCAUCACUUCCAAGGUGUCCAUCAUGCUUCACCCACCAAGUCCACUCUGGUACACUAUACUGCCUUAAAGGAACAGUUGGACAAUAUGGGAAAACAUGUUUUAUAGUUGUUUCUUACAUUUUUUAUGCUAAGGAGUGGUAUAAAUCCUCCACGUAUCUCCUGACAAGAAUGUUUUACUUGUCCUUUAAAUAUGCAUAAGUCACACCAAUAGAUGGAUAGCAUUGUACAUGAACCGCAAGCGAAGGACAUUGUAUUUAUCAGCUGAUCUUCCUGUCUGUGUCGGGAUUGAAAGCUCCAGAACAUCUGGUAGAAGGAACUUGUGGUGAGAUCGCUGUCUAAAUGCUGUUUUGAGAGUUUCCAUGGCUGAAAAACAAAGCCAAUGUGAAAGUGCCUUAAACUUGUGUUCUGUCUAACAGAUAGCAGGAGGUGACUCCUGUAGUUGCAAGAAGUUUCAGAGAAAAAAAGACUGCCUAUGUCUAACUUCGUCUGUUACUUCAGUAAACAUUUUUCCUAAGAGUCAGUUUUCAGUCAGAUCUGCCUCUCACUCCUUUCGUCUGGUUUUAGACCAAGAUAGCGACAGCCAAACGCCAAACUCAAGGCUUCAAAACAGUAGUCCACAAAUCAACUGGUGACAUCAUGGUAGCUACAUCCAUCCAUAUAUGUAGUCUAUAGCUGAGAAUAAACUUUGACCCUCAGGUUCACACUGCAUUCAGGUUCCUGUAGGAGAUGGAAAUGGAAGAACUGUGAUUUGAGCACUCAGGUGAAAUAAACCAAAUUAAUAUAGAGCUUUAUAUUUAAGGAUUAGUUCACCCAAAUUUCAAAGUGAAAAUAUUUCUGCCUCUGUAAGUGGUAUGUAGCUUUGUAGGUAGUAGUUUUCUGUGCAUAUGUAACUUCUUUUGCCACUUUAACACAAUAGUGGUGAGAAAUAAGUUCUGUAAGCAGAAACUGCAGGGGCAGGCUUCUUAAAAUGUGAACAAAUAAAGGCAAUACUAUUUGUGAUACUACUAGAUGGAAGCGAGAAAAUGUUAUGUUUUGUGUGAGCUGACCCUUUAAAUUUUGAAGUGAGUAGAAAAGUAGGCGACCUUUAAUAAUACUCUGUGGGCUUGUGCUGAUACAAUGAGAAGUGGUGCGGUGGGUGAAGUCUACAUAUAAUGUUUUUGAUGGAUUGUGUAAAGCUCUGUCAGUGAAUGACAGCUCCCAUAAGUUCUACUGGUGAAGAACCACAUCUACAGCUCACAGCUGCACUUCCAUAUUUUGUCCAUCAGGUGGUGCUGUGGAGUUAAGAAGGGAGCAGGAAAAGGGGACCUUACUGUUGUGUUCAUUUACUGGCUGUGAGAGCAUUUUUACCUGUUGUUAACGUCUUGUGCCAAUAAAAACUGAUAUAUUUCUAAA